AUGUGUCCCCAGUGGUUUCAAAGUUUCCUUGCUCCUCCACCAGCCGGCCCCCGUCCCCGCCUCGGCGGGGGUGGGAAGGGGGAGCUGGCGGCGACGAGAGCCCGAGUAGCGGCCGCGCUCCUUGGAAAUCCGCCACCGCAACUUUCCGCAGCUGCUUCGCGCCGGCGGCGGCCCCCUUUGUUUAAGUUCUCGGAUGCCAUAGUCUGGGAAACCUGCAGCCCGGGACCAGCGCGGGGCCCGCGCGUGCGAGAAGGACCGCAGGCUGCAGCGCGCUCCCCACCCCCGCCUCUCCCUUCCCCCGCCCCCUCCGCCGGGAUUCCGGCGUCGGGAAGCCUGCGGCAGCGGGAGCGGCCUAAGGAAGCGGAUCCGCCCGCCGCGCCCUCCACCGCUCACACUGUGUGCGGGCGGCGAGAUGCCGCAGCCCAGGAACAGCCGGUGCGCAUCGCACCCCACCUUCCAGGCCUCCUUCCCGCCCGCCGCCGGCGGAGCGCGGCCGUGGAACUCGGCGCCGCCCGCCCGCCUUUGUCACCGGCUCGGGGCGAGCGCGGCUCGCGGCGGAUCCGCAUUGUGUCCGAGUGUGCACGGCUGGAGGGGCGCAGGCAUCGAUGCGGGAGGAGAGCCGCUGAAUCUGGCCCCGCGUUCCAGGUUUCUGGCCAAGGUUUUGGCGGCUGCGGGGCGCCUCGGGUCGGUGCCCGGUUCUCCCCCAAGAUCUGCUCUCGAGGUGCUUUGGAACCGCGCGUGGGCGCUGUGGACGCGCCCUGGGUCCGGGGGCUGCCCACGAGGAGCGCGCAGAUCCCCGUCGCCGAGGCCUGUGGCUGGGGACAAAGAGGCAGGCGGCCGGGGCGACCAGCGGGCGGGCGCGCACAGGCACCCACGCGCGCACCCCACCGGGGCCCACCCCUGGAGCCCCCGCGCCUCGGGGCCCGCGGCUCUGCGUCUGGAAAGUUCGUCCCUCGCACAGCCCGCUCCCUCCUCUCACCCUUGCCUUUAGCAAACGGCGUGGGAUCGUGUGUCACCCUCUCCCUAGCCACCCCCAAAGCGAAGCUGCAGGGCAGGCAGUCCCCGUGGGUGGCGGCGCGAAGCCCACCGGGCGGGCGGCGGGACUGCCAGGUCUCCCCGGCCCCCGGCCCAGGGCCCGCCCGAACAGGAAAGGGGGUGACUGCUGGGGAAGCCGGGGGCGCGGCUGGCCGGCGACACUUCUGGUACUUUCAGGUCGUCCCAGCCUGGAAGCAGGCUCGCACUUGGUCCGCCUCCGUCCCCAGCUGGCAGGCAAAGCCCACCGGCCAGGAGGAGACCUCCCCGGCCAGCUCCCGUCCCCCUCCGGCCGCGGGACACGAGAGCGGACUAGCUGGUGACAAGCGGGAAAGCGCCGUCCCCGUCCUGCGGGCGAGCACCAGCCUCCAGACUCCGCGCGACCUUCCAGAGACGCGCGGCCGAGACCGCUUCCGCGCCGGCCUCGCGGCCCCUCCUCCGCGCCCGAGGCCGCGGCCCCGCGAGCGCGGCGCCCCCUGCAGGCCGGCGCCGGAGGAGCCACCGCGCCGCCCGCGGGUGGCCGGGCCGCCCAGCGCCCCCUCCGCACAAGAGCUGCUGGCGGAGGGGCGGGGGGAGAGCCGGCUGGAGGAGGGCGCAGGAGGGCGGCAGGAGAGCGGGGGGGGGGGGGUGGGGGUGGGGGUGGGGGUGGGGGAUCGCGCCGGGUCACCCUUCCCUGGCCCUUCCUCCCCGCUCCCGACCCCUCUCGGGUCGGCGGCCGCGCGCCUCGUUCCCGGCCCGCGGGCUCCGGAGUCCCGGGAGCCUCGCUGUCCGCUCGCGGAGCAGGGCCGGGCGCCGGGAGGGGCUCCUCUGCGGAGCGGCAAGGAGAGCGGCUUGGAGCGGUGUGCGUGUGUGCAGGCUGAUGGAGGAGCUCGCGGGGCCGCGCUGGCUGGUUCUGCUUCAAUCUCUGCUCAGCCCGUAAACACCUUCGCGGGGACCAUGCUGGAUGCCUUGCAGCUACAGGCAGAGCCACUGUCUUUAACCUUCUCACCGAUCCGGCAUCGUUCGGAGACAAAGGAGCUGUUUCAGGCGAGCCCGGGAUCAAUCAGCGAGGCUGGACUCUGUGCCCCCCCGGGGAGCGCCUUGAAUCUGGGCCACGGAGCAGAGUGUGCAAGCCUGGUUCCCGGCGAGAGGGAAAAGAUGGGGUUUUGUCUGGGGUCCAAGAGGAAAUAGAGUCGGCUGUGGAACCCUGAGAAACACCGGUGCUCCACCUGUGACCGUGACAUCAAGGUUGAAAAAAGCUCUGCAAUGAUUUCAUUCGAAAUGACAUCUUCCUUGCUGCCACUGGUCUCCAAAGGGCAAAAUGUUAUUUGUAAAGGUCAAAGUGAAAAGGUCACUUGGCUUUUAGAAAGUGACUUUCACCAAGUUAUUAGUUAAUUAAUAUGCUGCCUCAUUCCAAGAAAGAAUUUGAGGCAGUUUAUAAAAAUAUGUGACAGGCGAAACUAAUUUGGGGAAGAUGAGCCAGGUGAAGUCAGCAUACACUGAUACAUACCCUCAAAUGCUUACUCUGCUUAGUGAUGUUAGAAAGUCAUGACGUGAGAUAGGGUUUGCUUUCUCCACAGCAAAAAAAGAGAAAAAGAAUAAAAAAAGAGUUUUACAAUAAGCUAUCAAUCUAUGUUAACUUUUAUUUUAAAAAGGCACUCUUUUCAAGAUGAACUAUCAACUACAUCUGACUUGAAUGUAUUUCCUAAACAUCUUUGAUAUAAUAUUUAACCUCCAAGAAAAUGUUCUGGAAAGAAUUCACUAUGAUAUCUUUUGUUUUAAAAAUAAAAAAGCUAAUCUUGAGUCCGUUAGGAUUUUAUAUUGGAGAAAAAGUGUUAUGAUAUUCUUUGACAAUUUUUAAUGCUAGCAAUUGGCGUUUUACUUCCUAUGUUUACUUCCCAUAAGAUAAUUUGACACUUUGCAAAAUAUAGAUCACGUCUGCUUCUUCUCAGUAAGUCGCAGGAAAUCAAUAAGUGAUAUAUGUUUUGCUGUUCCUUCUAUUUUUUUCUUUAGGUAGUCAAGAGGCAGGUAGUAUAAAGAACUCAGUAAGUUUCCAUAUCUUCAGGGGUGUAUAAAUUCAUGCACAAAGCCACAAGUAGGUUAGUGACGUGGUUCCCUCAUGCCAUCUUUCUGGUCUCAGUUUCUCAUCUAUUAAAUCAGGGCAUGGGAUUUACUUGAUCUCUGAGUUGCCUUCUAGUCAUAAAAUUCUGUGUUUUGAAUUUUCUGUCAUCCUGAGAAUCCAUUAAUGUAAGCAUGAUUUUUAAAUAUCUAGUUAUAUUUCAAUUGAUACAGAAAUGCAUGGAAAGGAGAUUACAGGGCAUGCUAUUAUGCAGUGUAAAUCAAUAAAAUGAAAAUGUAUCCAUUGACAACAUUUGUAUUUUCACCUAUUACAGAGCUGUGCCAU